GGGGGAAGGAGAACGGUAGUUUGUUGUUUACUGUUAUGACAUGGCGAUAUUCUUUACGAAACUGAUAAUAACUUGGUGAUAUCCGACCGUAACUUCACCAGAAUCCGUUGCUAAUUUAGUACGACCGAUAUCCCAGCUAUACACUCUACUGCCACUCCUCAUUUGGUAAGCGUCUAUCAACUAAACGAUUGCCACUGUUAGAACAACAAGAAAACACCCUCUCCACUUUUACAAAUAUUCAUCAAGUUCUAGAUCAGCAAUUUGGUUCGGCUACAUUCGCCUUCAAGAUGCCUCGUCUCAUAAGACGACCAAGCGAAUCCUGUCCUCCGGAUCCGGCCCGCUAUCCUCUUCCAGAAAGAAAGAAUCGACGGGAUGAUGAGAAGAGUUCCCGCAGUCACCGUCGACAGUCCUCCCCAGCGUUGGCACAUCGCCGAAGGGAGAGUCGAAGAAGUACAUCAGUCGUCAGCAACGUGGACCGCCGCUCACACUUCUCGACCAUAGACGAGGACCACAAAGAUGAUCCGGAAUCGGAUUACAACCCGCGGGAUGUUUAUUACCUCAGCCACCCUCAUGAACCAAACGAUGACAAGGAUGAUGAAAAGAGUCAAUGGAACUUGGACUUGGAAGCUGGGGAUGCCACGCCGAUGAAACGGAGAGACGGGUAUGACGAAGAUGCACGCUCUACUCGUUCACGAGACAGAAUAAGACGACCAUCCACCAUUGGCACUCUCUCGCCGCGUACAAGGUCACCAUUGGAUCGAAGCCGUCGACAGUCAAUGCGAUCAGACCACGGAACAGAUCAUCACCGAAGAGGAUCCAUACGAUCAAGACCAAGGCGGGAACCAUAUCAAGAAGUAUCAGACUCCGAAACGGCCAUCUCUCCUCGCACUCGUCGUCGUCGCCGCCAUAUCAACCGCUCACCUACACCUCCACAUAGAGGUUCAGUCAUCCACGCCGGUUACUACCCCCGUCCACGUCCCAGAUCCAGCACAAUCCCCCACCACCACCACACCAAUUACACCUCCGACGACGAAGACAUUCACCACAACAACCCCCGCCGAUACCACCGCCGCGCACACUCCAACCCACCUUCGGCCUCCCGCCAUCACUCCUACCAAUCCCGCCGCCCCUCCCUCAACCUCGCAACCCUCAAAUCCUCCCCCAAAACCGCCUCCCUCCUCAAAGCCGCUUCCCGCGCUCUCGAAGCCGGCGCCGCCGCCGCCCUCAAACUCCGCAAAGACUCGCCCUCUACUCCCCUUUUUUCCGCCCAAUCAGGCUCCAAAAUCGCCGCGGCCGCGCUCGGCGCCGCGGUGGUAGACGGGUUGAUUGAGCAUGAGCAUCGACGCCAUCCGAAGUUGAUGCGGAAGGGCGGGUUGCGACAUCAUGUGGUUAAGCAGGUGGUGCAGAGGGGGGUGGCGGGGUUGGUGGGGGGGGUUUUGGAGGAGGGGUUGACUGGUGGUGGCGGGAAUGGGAAAGGGGAUGGUGGGGAUGAGGGGAGGGGAGGAAAGACAAGGAGGAAGGAGAGUGUGAAGAGGGUUGCGAAGGGGAUGGUUAGGGAUUAUGAGAGGUGGGAGAAGGGGGGUGGAAAGGGGGAUGAGGGGAAGGGAAGUCACGGUGUGAAGGAAGAGAAUGAGCGGGAGAAUGAGAGAAAGGGUGACAGAGGAAGAAGGGGGAGCGAGAGAGGGAGGGAUACGGACGGAGAGGGAAGAAGGGAAAGGACGAGGGGGAGCGAGAGGGGAAGGGAGGGAAGUGUUCGUGGUAGGAGAAGAUAGAAGUGAUUUUUUCCGCGGAAGUUGGUGGUUAAUAGCUCCACAAGUCGUAGUUGACGUUGUCGUUGAGAAUACUUCAAAUGACAAACCAUAAAUCUGAUUCCGAUGGAACGGUUCAAACGUGAGAUAUGAUUCCGAUCGGGAAGCUUGCCGAUCAACAUACCCGUGAACAAACAGAAAUGCGGAAUACGACGAGCCGAGGGGUUAACGUACCCGAAACAUGUGAAAAGUUGUUGAUUACAUGGAUACCUAUUUGAGCAUUCAACUGGGAUGGAACUCCUGAG